GAAGAGAUUUUCGGCGAUGCGAACCGUGGCUUUAAAUUCACCACUUCCAUUACAAAUCCCCACAUUUGUCAGUCCCACUCUCACUUUCUUCGCCAUUUUCAAUCUCUUUUUCUUUCUUUUUUAAUUCCCUUUUCACCUUCUUCUUUUUCUUCUUCUUCUUCCGCCAUGGACGCCCAUUCCUCUUCCUUUUCAAGCUUUUCCGCUUACUUUCACGCUCUCUCUCAAACCCCAUCUCGUCUUUCCCGCCGGGCCUUCUCCGUUUCCACUUCUUUCGACGAAAUGACCACUACUCGAUCCACUUCCGGCGUCCACAUGCAGAGGACUCUCCGCUGGUUCGACCUCGUCGGUUUUGGCCUUGGUGGGAUGAUCGGUGCUGGUGUCUUCGUCACCACCGGUCCAGCCACACUGCAAGCUGGACCUGCCAUUGUUAUCUCUUACGCCAUUGCUGGUCUCUGUGCGCUUUUAUCGGCUUUUUGCUACACAGAGUUCGCCGUUGAUAUGCCUGUUGCUGGUGGAGCCUUCAGUUACCUUCGUGUCACAUUCGGAGAAUUCGCUGCGUUUUUGACCGGUGCGAAUCUGAUAAUGGACUAUGUGAUGUCUAACGCCGCCGUCGCGAGGAGUUUCAGUCAAUACCUAGGUGCCGCAAUCGGUGUCUCCACUGCUAAAUGGAGACUCCACAUCCCUGGACUACCUAAAGGAUUUGAUCAAAUCGAUUUAAUCGCCGUCGCCGUCGUUCUAAUCAUCACAAUCAUCAUCUGCUAUAGUACAAAACAGAGCUCGGUUGUGAACAUGACGUUGACGGCAAUACACAUUCUGUUCAUAGCUUUUGUGAUUGUAUUCGGAUUCUGGAAAGGGGACUGGAAGAACUUCACAGAACCAGGAGAUCCAAAGAAUGAAUCCGGGUUCUUUCCUCACGGAGCCGCCGGCGUUUUUAAAGGCGCGUCUCUGGUUUAUCUCAGCUACAUCGGCUACGACGCCGUGUCAACGAUGGCAGAGGAGGUUCGGAGUCCGGCGAAGGAUAUCCCAAUCGGAGUCUCAGGCUCCGUCGUGCUUGUCACCGUCCUUUACUGCUUAAUGGCGGCUUCAAUGGCCAAGCUCCUUCCCUACGAUAUGAUCAAGAAGGAGGCGCCGUUCGCGGCGGCGUUUGGUCGGUGGAAAUGGGUGUCGAACGUGAUCGGCGGCGGGGCAAGCUUCGGAAUACUGACGUCACUGUUGGUGGCGAUGAUGGGACAGGCUCGGUACAUGUGCGUCAUCGGACGGUCCAGAGUGGUCCCCGCGUGGUUCGCCGACGUCCAUCCCAAAACCUCCACUCCUCUCAACGCCUCCGCCUUUCUUGGGGUUUUUACGGCUGCGAUUGCUCUUUUUGCUGACCUCGAUAUUCUACUCAACUUUGUAUGCAUUGGUACACUCUUCGUCUUCUAUAUGGUUGCCAACGCUGUCAUUUAUCGACGUUACGUUGAGAUAGGAAGUACGAAUCCUUGGCCAACGUUAUCCUUCCUCUGCUCGUUCUCCCUCACUGCCAUCAUAUUCACUCUCAUUUGGCACUUCGUAACUCCAGGGAUGGCCAAAACCACCUUACUCAGUGUUACUGCCAUUGUCGCCAUUGUUAUCUCGCUAAUUUUCCACGGCGUGGUACCUCAAGCACGAAAACCCGAGUUCUGGGGCGUCCCCUUAAUGCCAUGGAUUCCCUGUGCAUCAAUUUUCCUCAACAUAUUCUUGCUGGGGGCCCUUGAUGGCACAUCUUACAUACGAUUUGUGUUCUUUUCGAUCCUGGCCGUACUCAUAUACGUGCUAUACAGCGUCCAUUCAAGCUACGAUGCAGAAGGAGCUGGUUCCCUAUGUGUAAAGAACAGGGAGGUUCCAGAAUUAGACAACAACUUCAAAGUAUAGUAAAUGUAGAAGAAGAAGUAAGCUUAUAUGUUGACACAGUUUCUUGUCUCUUCACACAAAUUAAAACCUUUGUAGUAUGAAGAAAGGUUAAAAGAAAAAAAAGGAAACAUCAAGUUUUUGCAAAAGUGGAAAUCAAAGCUGUAAAUAUGGUUUGGAAGCUAAAAUGGUUUAUUUGGAUGGCGGAGUCCAUUUGAUGUUUUUUAUAUCGAAAUGGCAAUUCAAAACUUUUGAACUUCCAUUCAUGCUUCUCAAACUUUAUGCUUAAACAAUAUAAUUGAGUUUAUGUUUAAA